GUCUGCAGAGAAAGAUGAUUAUCUUGCGAUAUCUGAUGGUUGUGCUCUCUAGCUGGCCCCUGGGAGAAACUUUUAUUCUGAAAUCCUCAGGGCAGAAACCCAAAGCAACGCCAACAGACUUUGCUCCAGUCAUCACUCUGAACAGUUGCCAAGGGGAACCCCUGUCUGACAUCAAACAGUUCCUUCUGAGGGGUCUGAACCUGCAGAGAGAGCCUCAGACGGAGGGGACUGGACUGGCCCUACUCAGGGAGCAGUGGAUGGCUGUGUUCACAACCCAACGCAGUGACUCUCAGACAGCACUGGACAGCAAUGCAUGGAACUCCCAGCAAGAGUUCUCUGGAAAUACAACAGGGUCACACUGCUGUCAACUGGUCUCUAAGAUCUACAUACAAGACCUGGGCUGGCAGAACUGGAUCAUCUACCCAGAGAGGUUUACCUUCACCCAGUGUGCAGCCUGCACCACACAGCUGAACCCUGCAGGCCAACAGUGUGGAGCGCACCUUCCCUCACAGGACUCCUCUCCAGAGCUUUCUUGCUGCAAACCUGCAUCCCAACACCUGGUGCCAGUGCUCUACCUAGAUGAAUUCAACACACUGAUCAUCUCCUCUGUGUAUCUGACCCGGGACUGCAGCUGCACACCAGCCAUCAACCCCAAUCGCCGUACUUAAUAGACCUGUCCAUUCUCCAACUGUUUUAUACUAUAGUAUAGAGCUCUCUAAAUAAGAUCCAUACUCUACAUUUUAUAUAAUGUACAUGGUCAUGUUCCCAUACUCACAUGAACCCCAUCGCCUUACUAACUAAACAUACAGUUGAAGUCGGAAGUUUACAUACACUUAGGUUGGAGUCAUUAAAACUAAUUUUUCAACCACUCCACAAAUUUCUUGUUAAUAAUCUAUAGUUUUGGUAAGUCGGUUAGGACAUCUACUUUGUGCAUGACACAAGUAAUUUUUCCAACAAUUGUUUACAGAUUAUUUCACUUAUAAUUCACUGUAUCACAAUUCCAAUGGGUCAGAAGUUUACAUACACUAAGUUGACAGUGCCUUUAAACAGCUUGGCAAAUUCCAGAAAAUGAUGUCAUGGCUUUAGAAGAUUCUGAUAGGCUAAUGUUCAUCAUUUGAGUCAAUUGGAGGUGUACCUGUGGAUGUAUUUCAAGGCCUCCCUUCAAACUCAGUGCCUCUUUGCUUGAUAUCAUGGGAAAAUCAAAAUGAAACAGCCAAGACCUCAGAAAAAUUAUUGUAGAUCUCCGCAAGUCUGGAUCAUCCUUGGGAAAAAUUUCCAAACGCCUAAAGGUUUUUAUUUUUUAAAUAAUUUUUUAUUUCACCUUUAUUUAACCAGGUAGGCCAGUUGAGAACAAGUUCUCAUUUACAACUGCGACCUGGCCAAGAUAAAGCAAAGCAGUGUGACGCAAACAAACGUACAGUCAAUAACACAAAAGAGAAAUAUAUAUACAGUGUGUGCAAAUGAGGUAAGAUUAGGGAGGUAAGGCAAUAAAUAGGCUGUAGUGGCGAAGUAAUUACAAUUUAGCAAUAAACACUGGAGAGAUAGAUGUGCAGAAGAUGAAUGUGCAAGUAGAGAUACUGAGGUGCAAAGGAGCAACACAAAAAAAACAA